UCCAUCUUGAAUACAGUAAGCAAUCUGUGACUGACAGCCACGGAGAGGGAAAUUGCGAUAUAUUGAGUUCAGACCGCCCUGUAAAGUCAAGCGACCGCGACAACCCGGCCAAUGCACACGGAAGGAUUACAUUGAGCGACAUUAUCGAUCGAUUCCGUCGUAGUUUUUCGCCCUAUUCCCGGCGGGGCUGAUGAAGUUAUUUCGGAGGUUGUGCGUCCUUAGCUUUAUUCAACUGUCGACAUUCGUUAGUUUAAAAGGAUCGCUGCUUAUACCUGCCUACCCUAGUUAUUCGUGAGACUCUUUCUGCUGUUGUUUCUUGCAGCCUUGAAAUACGGAUAUAACACGUUUGUCCAUGGUGCUUCACUGUCAACUUGAGCUUUCUCGUGCGUUCGCUGAAUCGUGCGCGUAACCCGGUUUAUUUUAGUUUAUAUACGAUCUGUUAUAGUACACAGAUACUUCAUACUGCAUAUAUAUAUUCUGUCAAGUAACAGUUAUGUGGAAACUUAAUUUGGGAUACUGUAAUUCAAUGUUUAGAACCGAGGACGUGGAUUCAUUUGUUGUACUGCCUUAGACUUUUCAGAUGGAGUGAUUUGGAGCCACUGCUUUGAUUGAAAUAUUAGCUCCAUGCAUCACUAGGAAUAUAUAUUUAAUGGCAGAUUUUAUGCAUAGGCUGGCCAGUCGUUCUGAUCAUUGGGGAUGGGAGCUGGCCCACUUACUGAAAGAUCUUAUUGAACGGGCUCGUGUAUUCUGAGCGCGCGACAGUGCAACAUUUUAUAGAUACAGUAUUCUUACGCAUUGGCAUUUCGUCGUUACUGAUAUGGGCUUUAAGGGGGGCUGUACUUCUAAAAUACCCCUAUAUUUCUAAAAUAUCAUCGACUUUGAAUUAACUGUCACCAGUGGACACUUUGUUGCUGUUUUUCAAUCACCGAACCUAAGGACUAUAAACUGACAUUGGAUUUGUGCAUUGGCAUAUAUCACUGCAUCUGUGACAUGGAUGUGUUUCACUGAAUGUCGAUCAAUAGUGUUUUGAGGGAAACUUGAAUGCAAACACCCUUGGAUUUUGUGUCAAAAGGCAGUAGAUUGAAAAAAUGGGACCUGCAACAAAGCUGGCGUUUGGAGUGUUCCUCAUCUCUUGCUCCUCAGGUGCCAUUCUCGGCCGCUCAGAGACACAAGAGUGUGUGUUAUACAACUACAGCCCCCCCAGCGGCGAGAGCCGAGGGAACCGGAGUGGCAUUGAGACAUGUGUACGUGAGAAGGACAAGAGAUGUCAUUGCUUCGCAACUUGGCGAAAUGUGUCUGGAUCGGUGGAAAUAGUAAAGCAAGGCUGCUGGCUUGAUGAUAUCAACUGCUAUGACAGCACCGAGUGUGUGGAGAAAAAGGAGGACCCGGACGUGUUCUUCUGCUGCUGUGAAGGCAACAUGUGCAACGAGAAGUUCUUCUACAACCCCGACCCGCCAGUUCAGAGUAAGGCCCCCUUCAGCGACACAAACAGCAAAGUCUUUAAGGCGACAUCGAACCCCUUUACCCAGAAGCCCCCACUGUUCAGCACCCUCCUCUACUCCAUCGUGCCCAUCAUGGCCAUUGCUGCUAUUGUUAUUCUCUCCUUCUGGAUGUAUCGGCAUCACAAGCUGGCAUAUCCGCCUGUUCUGGUUCCCACACAGGACCCUGGACCCAUGCCACCAUCUCCCACCUUGACCCAGAAGCCGCUGCAGUUGUUGGAAAUCAAAGCUAGGGGGCGCUUCGGCUGCGUGUGGAAGGCUCAGCUGCUCAAUGACUAUGUGGCAGUGAAGGUCUUUCCAAUUCAGGACAAGCUGUCUUGGCAGAAUGAGUAUGAUAUUUACAAUCUUCCCGGCAUGAGGCACGAGAACAUUCUGCAUUUCAUGGGGGCCGAGAAGAGAGGAAGCAACCUGGACAUUGAACUGUGGCUCAUCACUGCUUAUCACGAGAAGGGAUCUCUUUCGGACUACCUGAAGGCAAAUGUAGUGUCGUGGAAUGAGCUGUGUCACAUUGGUCAGACCAUGGCUCGAGGACUGGCUUACAUGCACGCUGACAUCCCAGGACACAGAGACGGACACAAAGCGGCCAUCGCACACAGGGAUAUUAAAAGCAAGAAUGUGCUGCUGAAGACGAACUUGACAGCCUGUAUAGCUGACUUCGGUUUGGCUCUGAGGUUUGAGGCGGGGAAGUCAGCUGGGGACACUCACGGUCAGGUGGGAACAAGGCGCUACAUGGCCCCGGAGGUGCUUGAGGGGGCCAUCAAUUUUCAACGAGAUUCUUUCCUCAGGAUAGACAUGUAUGCGGUGGGGCUGGUGCUGUGGGAGCUGGCGUCUCGCUGCACGGCGUCUGAUGGUCCAGUUGACGAGUACAUGCUGCCUUUCGAAGAAGAGGUGGGGCAGCAUCCCACACUGGAAGACAUGCAGGAGGUGGUGGUCCACAAAAAACUUCGGCCCACCCUCAGGGAGUGCUGGCAGAAACAUGCGGGUUUGGCCAUGCUGUGCGAGACCAUAGAGGAGUGUUGGGACCACGAGGCAGAGGCGCGGCUCUCCGCAGGAUGCGUUGAGGAGCGUGUGGUCCAGAUGCAGCGGCAGACCAGUGUCUCCGCCCCGGAGGAAAUAGUCACCGUUGUAACCAUGGUGACCAACGUGGACUACCCCCCUAAGGAGUCUAGUCUAUGACUAGAGGAUUUCAGCAUGUGAAUUUGCGGGCUGACCGAACAGUAAAGACACAUCCGGGAUGUUUGACUGCUGUUCUGACCGGCUAGCUACAGACAUGCUGGGUGACUAUCUUAUGCUUACGGCUGGAUCGACGCAGAUGAUGAAUUCUACACCGAAUCCCAGCAGACAGCUGUGUUAGUGUAUGUGUGUAUAUAAAAACUACAAUCACGGGGCACUGGAUGGAUGGAUUAUAAUUCGACACGAGGUCCCCGCGUCGAAAACGAAACCGAUUGCUGUCUAUACGGAGAAGACACUUUGCCCAUUUGAGGACGAAAUCAGACCCCACGCGGUGCUCGCGGCAUUUCAAAGGGGCGACGUCCAUGUAUAAAAGUAGACAAAAAAGAAACAAGGACACAUUUGAUGUGCUUGUCUGAAUGACUAUUGUAAUGCCAAUACGAAACAGCUUCUUGAAUGUGUAGUGUGACGCUGCUGUACAGAUAUCAACAGAAAGGGUGACGAUACCCACAUCAACACGUGUUUCCUCUGAAAGCUUCUCAGAGUUUCUGUCUGAUAACCACCAACCUCUCGACAAGGUAUACCUCAGUUUCUCAUCCUAAUAAUGCGUUUGUUUUGUAACACCAUAUGAUAUAAAACAAGAGGCUUAUCGAUGACCUCCGUUUGGCACGAAAGCUUUUUAAAUACGGGAAAAACGUUUUUUAUAUGACAGAUUAUGCCAAGAUACGAUGGCCAUUCAUAAACCAGUGUUCUGCCUUCUUUCUUUGAGUUGUUUUCUGUGUCGCCCUGCUGUUUAUAAUGUGAUACUUUGUUUCUCGGCAUUGUGACCGUUUGUUUUUUAAAUCAAUUUUUUGACCUUCAUCGAGACCUGAUGAGAAGAAAAAAUCCCUGGAAAUAUGAAUUUUGUGAAAAUAAUACACAAGCACUUAACAGUAUAGUUUUGCAGUGUCCUCGCAGCGUUGACGUAUGUGCAUGCCUUUGUGUUUUCUUUUCCUUUCUUUUAAUUCUUUAUUUUUCAACCUGAUCACGUAAGGCUCGUGCAUGAAAACCCAUCAGCAGUCACAAAACCCCUUUUAUUCAUUUUUGUAUCAAAAAUAUUCCCAGUAUCUUGUCUGUCACUCUUCAGUUUUAUUUCCAUUUGCGUGUGGAAUCGUCCAAUCCUGGUCACCGUCCGCUUAUGCCAUGCAAGACAACCUCAAGCGCUGCGCUACAACCAGCCUCCGAACUCACAAGUGAUGUUAUUUAACUGGUUUCAGAUCAGCGGCCAGGCGACCUUCUACACACAUCUACAAGAACUGUAUCUCAGUAUGUCUCAGGAAGCGUUUCCCUUUGCUUUGAGCCUUCUGGUGCCAUUCUGGUGACCCUUGUUAUAUUGUGUAUGCAUAAUAACACCUUAUCAGUGCGGUCAUAUCACGUGCAAUAACAUCACAAGCAGGGACUGUUUCACAGCUCAUAGGCCACUUCCAAUGUGGUCAAAUACAAGCUCCUAGCAGAUCGCUUCAUCAUGAACGGAAGUCGCUUAUGACACUGCUAUGCAUAUGUUAUGGCGUCCAGUUCUCUGAGAGUAUUAAACUAAAAAUAUGCUGUUUGGGGCCGGACACAUGCAGUAGUUCUCUCUGCUGUCGGGUCAGCAAGUAUUGUUAAUAAACUGCUUCUCUGUUGCUGCUUAUUGGGCUUUGUUCAUACUGCGCAUAAAUCUGAUUUGUUUUUUUAUCUGGAUGAUUUCGAUCGUGAGGGCAAACAUUUGAUGGCAACACAUUUUUUUUAAAAAAUUGGAGGAUCUAUUGACCAAAAUGCAAUAUUAUAUACAUAACUAUGUCUUCAGAGGUGUAUACAGACCUAACAUAAUGGAGCGUUAUGUUUUUAUUACCUUAGAAUGAGCUAUUUCUACCUACAUACACCGUGGGUCCCCAUGCAUGGAAUUCCCCAUGUUGUUUCUACAGUAGCUCUAAAUGGACAAACUGAAAAACAGAGUGCAAUUCGUAAGAAGAGUUUGGCUACGAAGUUAAAAUCUGACAACAUCUUAGUCAUGUGUCAGCUGCUGUAGUGCUUUGAAAGGGAGUGGUGGAGUGAGCCGUUGGUUGCAACUCGCAACCUCACCACUAGAUGCAGCUAAAUUUCACGCAACGGACCUUUAAAAAUAAAUGCGCAUUUCUAAAAUUCAAACCACAAAUGGAUGUCGCUUGGACAAGGUCUACAAAAAUCACAUUUCUUAUGUUUUUUGUUUGUUUUCAGGCCAGAAACUAAAUGCAGUACGACUAAAAAUCCGAUUUUUGCUGGCUGUAUGAACAAAGCCAUUAACACAAUUCUCCUGUCAGUAUGUUUUGCCUUCAUAACAUCGCAUGUGACGUGAUCCAACAGCGUUCAGGUCCAUACAACUGUAUGCAAUCCAUUCUCUCUGUUGUAGCAAUCUCAACCAGCUUAUUCUACUACUUCAUCCUACUGGUCAAAUAAGGGCACGUGCCAUCUAGUAAGGGCCGAACGAGAGUCUAUUUGAUCUCAGAAGAUGGGGGAUUUUGUGAAAUGUGUCGACUCUGGUUAAAGUUGUUGUUUAUUUGCCGACUGGGUUAGCACUGAUCACAUGCUGAUCUGAGAAUGAAUCUUCUAACGUCUGUUAUUGACUAUAAUAAACACUACAGGUGAUUCACCGAGUGCGAGCGAUUGCUGCUGCCUAUAGAGUGUUUUAUCCAGGUGCUUUCUCAUUCCCAUCUGUUCUACAAGUCUUUGGUUAUAUCACCAGUUUAGUGAAUUUGAUCUAAAGGAUGUUUGUUGGAACGCACUCCCCUCACAAGAACAGCCAAACUUUCAAGCCCCAGUUUCAGUAUAACACUCGAUUGAAAAAUGCAUCAUAUUGUACAUAUGAAUGUUGUUUUAGAUUGUGAAAAGAGCAUGAGUUUUUUAAAUUGUCUUAAAGAAGAAAAUCCUUUAUUGAUAUUAUUAUUAUUGUUAUUAUUAAACAAAUAUUUGAAUGUUUAUUUUGUACAUCUGUAUUUUAGUUUUAUUAAUUUAUGUCAUGGCCCAACUUUGUUUUUUCUCUUCUGGAUAAAUGAGACGUGAUGCUUUCACUAUUUAUAUGAACACUACGAAAACAAAUAAAUCCUUUACCUCAGACUUUCACUCACAGUGUUCAAACGAAUGAACGAACAGUGUAGCACGACAGACAACAUGGUGCGACAAUGCAAGUAUUUCUCCUGCGAUUCGACCAGCUUCUCUCUCUUCAUCUUUUCUCUGACACAAUUUUGGGUGUUCAUUGACAACACUGGUUCUCUAUUACAGCGUUGAGUGAAUGUCUCUACUUUACCCAGACUCUCUAUUUUGGGUGCGAGCAGCUGUAUUGCCGUUGUACUGGACAUGCCAUUUUUGUCCACACUUUCUCGAGGAUUUAAUGCAUUCAGGGCCUGAUCAGACGUUAUUGUUACAUAAUGUACAGAUGAAAUUUUAUGCUACUACUCCCCUCAAAUAAAGUAUAGUGACUGCU